CGAAAACUUACAAAAAUGAUGCAAAUCAAGUUUCUAUUCACUUUCAUCGCUGUCCUGAUGCUGGUGGUCCUAGGAGGCAAAGAGGCCGAUGCUGUCGAUUGCCUUUCUGGAAGAUAUAGAGGUCCUUGCGCCGUCUGGGACAAUGAGACCUGCAGACGAAUUUGCAGGGAAGAAGGACGAGUCAGUGGACAUUGCAGUGCCAGACUGCAGUGCUGGUGCGAAGGAUGCUGA